AUGGCUCGACACGCCACUCGCGAAGGUGUUCUCGUGCUCACAUCCGACACGAUGCCAACCCCCACCCUAAUCACCGAGAACCCAAAGGUUAGUUUGUACACGUACUUGCCGUUCGGGUCGAGAUGCGCUUUUUCGGUACAUGCAGGCGAGCCUGCUCUUAACCAUUCUUUGCCCGAUCGUGGCACACUACGCGACUGGUCUCCGCAGAAGGUCGAGGAAGCUGCAGCAGUAAUUCGCAGGCUUCACACCGAUGCUGUCGAAGGCAUGACUGCCCCCUGUCACUGGGAGGACCUUCACCAGUACUUCCACCCUAUCGAUCUGUGGUGCAAAGGCGCUUCUAAUCUCCAUAAGGUGAUCUUGCGACUCCUCAAAGAGAAUGAAGUCUGCAUAUGGGUUGAAAAGUGGCUCACCUGGGAGCAAAAUCGCUACAAGCUGAGUCUUUGGGAUACCAUCCAGGAUAUCCGUUCGGUCUUCGACCCUUCUGACUGGUACAACAUCCACGCCCCCAAUACUCCUUUCCCGGAAGAAUACGUAGUCUUCCUCUGUGGCGUGCUGAAAUAUUGGUAUGACUAUUAUCGCAACCUGGAGAUCGUGGCCGUGGCCUCCGCAGGUACAGCCGUACUAGUUGCUCCGGCCAUUGUGGCCACUAGCCCUCCGGAGGAUACACUUCAACUUGAAGGUCAAGGCGCCCCCAUAACAUGGUCUCCUCCUCGUUCCGUCCGUUCCUCGUUGGCGGCGGCUCAUCCGCCCGUCGUGCGCUCUACGUCGUCAGCAUCAAUCCAAGCCACGGCCCCUGACUUUAUCCCCUUGAUUACACGAAGCUCAGCGGACCUUUGCGACCUACCUGCUGCCAGCAAGGUCGAGACUCAAGCCAUCAACGAGCAUGUCCAAAGGGCGAACAAAGUACAACACAAGCCAUCAAAGUCAGGCCCAAUCCCGGAGUCUGAGCUCAGCAAGCUCCAAGUUGAGACGGGAAUUGCAGGUCCUUCUCGUCUUCCCAACAGAGCCUUGCAGCCAAUGCCGGCUCCAUCCAAGCCCUCUGCUACUGUUACUGAGGUACCCCAUACCGGAAAUGUCCUCCCAAGCCAAUCUCAGCUUGGAAGCGCCAACCCGCCCAAUGAGACUCGUGAGCAGAAUACUUCCGGUCAUCUUCCCAAUCAGCCUGCCUCGGUGACCCAAGCGAAAGGCCAUCAGAAGAAGAAGAAGGGAGCCGAACAGAAGGCCAAGAACGGAUGGUCUCACUCACGGAACGACCCCAUACACGGCCCAAUCAGGCAGCACAAUAAACAGUCUCAAGGGAGCAGCAAAGCCAGCACCCUUCAAACUUCGAACCCGGGCAACCACUGCACACCACUGCGCCAAGCAGCAGCCAACUCUCUUCCACGUUGUGCUAACCUUGGGAAAGGGGGUUAUGAGGCCAUCUGGGAACACUGUGAGUGUCCUACUUGUGAAAGGAAGAACCGCAGUGUCCGUGCUCGCCUUGGCCAAAGAACAACAUUCACGCCGACCGAAUUGAAAGCCAUCGAGGAUUAUAUGUGUCAAUUCGGAGUCUUGGAAGGCUGCAGAGCAUCAUCAAGCUAUAGCCAUGACAAGAUGGUUGCAUAUAUUACCAAUGGUGCCCGAAUUGAAGUCGGCACCGACGAUCUCCGUCUGCAGCUCGAGCACCCCUGGGUCAGCAAACACUGGCGGUCUCAACCCCAGCAACGCGCGGCUGGAACUGGCCCACAACUUACCAAGGGACCUGCACAGCUUCAGGAGCGCACACCUCCUGCUACUUCUGGCCCAAGGGCUGGUGAUCUUGGCAGUGGCGGUUCAGCCCAUUUGCACAAUGUGCGAAACUCUUCGAAGAACUCACCUAUGCCAGAGGCUGAUCCCUUUGUCGGAGGAAAUCCGAGGAACUUCAAUAAUAUGAUCUCCCAUCAUCCGCCUCACCCACACCACCACCCUCACCUGCCUCAUCCCCCUCAUCUCCCUCAUCCGCCUCAUCCGCCUCAUCCUCAUUGCCAUGCUCCUUCGGCCUACAGCAUGUCUGCUCACGGGCAACCCGUCCCUUUCCGCCCUGCUCAUGUCCCUUACGCCAGUCCUAGCCACUUUGUGCCUACAUAUCCCCAACCGCCCCCCUUUGGCAGCGGCCCACCGACAGUGCCACCGGUAGUGUCACCGCCACACUUUCCAGGACCGCCCAGAAAUUAUCCGUGGCCACCAGGUCCGGGGGUCCCAACUGUCCAUAAUCAGCCUAUGAUGCCGAUGGUCUAUACCCCUUGGCCCGAAAAAACCCCGCAUGUACCUCAUCCUGGUGGCCCUCGUCACAAUUGGCAUAUUCCCAUCCAUCCUGGUCAGCCUCGGGGGUCGUUGGCAGGUCCGUCGACGGGAGCACCGGCAGGAGCAUGGGCGGAGCAGAUGGCCAAUCAGCCAUCAACUCAGCCCGGACAGUCGCACGUCGAGCAUCCCCAAAGAGAAGGUUCACGUGCGCAAACUAAGGAACCUGCCGAAGUGCACGUACUGCAACUGGAGGGGUCAUCAUCCUCAAGGAACUCCAACUCACCUAUCUCCCACGGGAUUCCGGUGAGGCUACCUUCAUCUGUGAUACGCCAUAAACCGGCCGGUAGGCAAGCUUUGCCGUCUCAGUGGCUUGCACAAGCACCAGUCACCCAGGAGGAAGCGUCGGAGAGAAACUCGGGCCCGGCAGAUGUUGUCCCACCCACGGCAGAGCUUCAGGAAGCAGACAAGGAACCGAAGGUGCCCGGGAACGGAAAGGGCAGGGGGAAGGUCAACAAAAAGAAGAAAAAAGAUAAUAGCGCUGCGCAGAAUGCAUCCUCUCAGAACACUGUGGGAGAGUUAGCGAACCUGGUGGACACUAGUCAGGUUAUAAAAGAGGAGUCACAACCGGCGCCAGAUGUUGUUAAGAGCAAGACGAUACAGGCCGCGCAGGAUGAUGGGCCUCCCAAGAAGGCGGCCAAAAAAAACAAGAAGAAGCCUGCGAAGAGAGGACUGAGUCUCGUCGAGCAGACUUCCGACAUCCCCAGUGCUCCUGUCGAGAGCAUCCCGGCUGAGAGCGCCCCUGUCUCGACUGCCCCUACUGAGUGCGCUCCCGUUGAGAGUGCCGAUACUCUCGAAACUACAGCAGUCAUUGGCAAAGGCGAGUCUAUCUCCUCUGUUAUCACAACAAAGCCAUAUCGUGCUGAUGCCGGUGGCUCUCUUCACGUCUUCCGGCAGCGCUACAAGCCAGCCAUCAGGGAUAUUUUCGCACCGCCACAAGACGUCGACAUACCCGAAGAAUGGGCCCCAGACAACAACGUUAGGGGAGGCAAGAGUUUGUGCAACAUUGCUCCUGCGAACUCGCCAAAGCUCCAACAAGAAGCGACAAAGGAACAAACCAGAAAGAAGAUACACGGUAGCUUCGGCAACCUCGACGUAGGCUUCAACCCCUGGCCACGCGCCCCUUCAGGGGAGGUCUGGAGUCCGACCAAACGGCCUACUGUGGCUAACACCUCCAUCAAGCGCUCAACGACGCCGGCGCCGCCUCAGGUCAUAAUAGAGCCGGCCCCAGCGGUUGAUACGGUGACUAAGUACGGCUUGCCUACCCCAUCCAGAGUGGCGUUUAAGGAUACCAUGGAGACAAUCGGUCUCGGAGAGGAUAUUUAUGCACAUCAGAGAGGCGCUGGUUCGAAGAAGCCGUCGGGUUCAUCGUUUGUGUCGAUGACUGAGAGUCAGUAUACCACUGCCAGCUACCACACCGCCAAGUCUUCCCUAUCAUCAGGAGAGAAGACGCCUCCUGAGAGCACUCCACCUGCUUCACCUUAA